AUGUAUUUCAUCAAUAAUGAAGAUAUUCCUGAGGAAAAAUCAAAAUUUCUACCAAAACCGGAAAUCGUAUCAAAAUCAGAAAUCUUGCCAAAAUUGGAGGUCGAGCCAAAAUUAAAAAUGAUAUUACCACCAGAAUUGCCUACGUCUUCUACUGAUAAUAAUACAAUCCACCCAUUGGUUUCUAAUGAGAAUAAUGCUGGGAAACGAGUAUAUGGACGAGCUAGGGCGAAUUUGAGCUUCAGUUCAUUUUAUAUAUUCUGCGAAGACUUUCGAAAACAACUUAGUUACUUAUAUCCCAAUAAAAGUGAAACUUAUCAUAAGACUAUACUCAACUAUAUGUGGAAACAUUUAAAUAUCAGAGACAAACAUAAAUACUAUGAAACUGCAACUAAAGCUCGCACGAUGUACAAUCUACCAGAACUUCCAUAUCUUACAGAAAAUGGUCCAGAAAAGUUAACAUACAAAUUUACAAAUAGUAACAAUAGUACAGAAGCUAUUAACUCCGAUGGUUCAAAAAUAGUUGGGAAACUUGUAAAAGUCAAGUUUUCAAAAUCAUGCACCGCACCAAUCAUAACGCCUCUGAAGUUACAAGACGUCGUUGAUCAAUUAGAAAAAUCGGCGUGCGGUCGGCGCCAAGACGAAGUUGACGGUUUCGGUGAAGGAAAGCUGCGACAAGAUCACGGUGAGAUAUCGGAACACCAAGAUCACGGUGCGGAAUACGUGCCACCGCCUCUCGGUCACCGUGACGGUCAAGCUGCAGGCAUCGACGCACCGCGGGGACGGUUGAUCGCCGGCUGUGACGUCCCGUCGAUCGUCACCGGUCCGGCUCCCAUCUAUCCGGCCAUCCGCGCUUCGCCCAGUCCCACCACAUCCACCAUCACCACCAGCCGCUUGCAGCUGCAGCAGUGUCUCCAGCAUCCUAAGGUCGAGGGAUCGACGACGUCUUCUGCCCGACCGGAAGUCAUGUUGCAACAGUAUCAGCAACAACCGGAUUACACGCCCUACGGCGGCAUCGGGUACGGUGCGCAGCCCAACGCCGGUUACUUCAACUAUGCCGCCACCGAGUCGUCCUGGUACGGUUCGCCGUCGUCAGGUGCCGCCGAUCACGCGCAAAUGCAUGCCGGUUUAUCACAUAACGCGUGCAACACACAUAUCGGCGGCGACAGUACAGGAAACUUCCUGAACCAUGGUUAUCAUCAGGCUACGUCGACAGGAGCGUCGACGUCUUCGGCAGAAUCGUUCGCCGCCAACAACCAUCCGGUGUCCCAGGCCGACAUGGCAGACCCAAUGGCCGAGUUCUUGGGCGGCCACCAAAACAUGACCGAAAACGAUAAGAUCAUCAAGGAGGAGUCCAUAGACUGGCUCUCGACCAUCAUAAACGACCAAGUCGUCGAUCACGGCACCCGGUCCGACGCUUGUGAUGGGGGCGGUGGAGGUGUGGCGGGCUCAGGUGGCAACGGCAAACUCGUCGGUGACUUAACGUGCGAGGGCAGGGAGUCCAACGGCCGGUUGCCCAACUUUCACCAGGCCUUCGGGUCCACCGAGAUAGGCAGGUUCUCGCAGCACGAGUACUACGAACCGCCUAAAGACACGGCAAUCGGCGAAUGUCAGUCGGCCGGUCGGUCGGGCUCGGCCGCCGCACAACAGCCCGGCGUCGGGACGUCGCAGCGAUCCGACGAACAGCACGCGGCGGCGGCGGCGGCAGCGUCGUCGUCGUCGUCGUACGAACCACCGCGGCAACAGAACAGGCGUGGACGCGCGCAGCGCGGUGGCGGCCAAAAUAGGCGCAACAAGCAGACCAGAACGGCAGCCGCCGCCGCCGCGGCGGCUGCUGCCGUUGCCGCCCAACAGUACGCGGGUUACGACGUGACCGGUGCCGCGGUGGGCAGGCACCAGGUACCUCCGUACCACCACCAAGACCCGUACAACCGGAACCAUCAUCAUCACGCCCAACAGCAGCGGUACCACCAAGAAUACCAUCACCAAAACCAACAGACGCCGUACCAGAACCACCAACAGGAGUAUUACAGGCCGUACGACCGGAUGCAUUACCAGCAACAACAGCAGCCGUUGCCAUCGAACCAGUACUACAACAGCAGCAACGGUAACAACAACGGGGGUGGAGGCGGUGGCAGCAACGGCAACAUCAACAUCAACAGCAGUAACCGGGAACAGUCGUACGCUGGCGGAUACAACCGGUUUCACUCGUGCUGCUCUACCGAGCACAUAGCCAGGCCCAGUCAUCACCACAACUACGGUCCGGGCCAGUACUACGGUGAUUACAACACCUACAACCAGUGGUGAUGAGAAGUCCUCAUCAUCUCGCCGCCGCCGCCGUGUCGUAAAAUAUCGUUUUUAACGUCGUUCUAAAAAAAAAAAAAAAUAAUAAUAAAGGUAUGUUUUGUUCGUGCGCACCAACAACGGCGGGUGUGCCUUUCAAACACCCCCUCCCCCAAACCCAGUCACCCCAACCCCUAUCAGAUACAAAAAUAAUAUUUAUCAAAUUAAUAUUUUUAACUCACUAUCUGUGAUACGAUGACGAUGGUAAUACACGGUAUAACGAUUAUUUCAUGUAUUAUUAUCACACGUUAUUGUGCAACAACAAAAUUUGUGGCUUAAAUGCGAGUAGUAAAUGUCGUUUUUUUUUUCUCGGACACUCAACGAGUCAAUUAUAACGUCGAAAACGAAAUUCCCGAUUUGUAUGUUUAAAUAAUCCUCUCGUGACACGUCUUACAACAGCACUUGGCGUGUAAAAACGGUAACUCGAUGUCCUAUUUAAAAUGAAAACUUUAUGACUUUAUAUAACUAUAUUCAAAACAAUAUUAUUAUUGUUGCAUUAAUUAAUAUAAUAAUAUGUCGAACAAAAACCGAGCUCGCGGUCGCUGCGUCCCACACGACCGACAACGACAUUAUUGUGCGCAUGGACACCGAAAUCGUAGGGCUCGAGAGAUCUAUAGUAUUUAUGUGAAAUUACAACGUGGUGCCAGAGAAGACUUUCGGUAUUGUCAGAUCCGUGGAUCUUGGAUCCUCCGGCGUGCAGUGUCGUCCUCAUAACACGCGUGUGUUCUUCCCCCCCAAACGCGGAAAGGGAGAAAACAAACCGCGACGACGAAGGUCUUGUCUCGUUUCGAUGUUUUACUAUCGUAUAAUUUACAUUAUAGUGUUUAAGUCGUUGUGCCUUAUUAAUUAACGGUUAAUGUUGUAAAAUGCACCAUUAUAUUAUUAUUAUUAUUAUUAUUAUUAAAUUAUGAAUAAAUUAUAUAUUACUGUAUAAAAUAA